UUUUGUUGCACUGUGUUAACUGGAGGGUUGAGUUUUGGAUGCACAUUCAGCGUUUGACCAAAAUCAUACUGCGAAGUGAUCUCUUGGUUUUUGAAGAUUUCUAAAAAUUCGCUGAUGAUUUAUUAGGCACAACGAAUUGAGUAUAAUUGAAAAUGAAGCUAUACUUGGUUCUUCUCUCACUUUUGGCUGCCAUUUCAUUUUCACAUGGAAGUAGUCUAAUAGAACGUCAAAAAAGAGGAGGAUAUUGCAUUAUGGGUUGCCCAAAUUCUUGUGCUCCUAAAUGUCUACCAAGUUGUUGUGUUCCUCCACCUCCACCACCACCUGUUUCUGUAUGCCCAGCAGUUUGUGGUCUUUCUUGUGCUCCAAUAUGUCCAGCUGUAUGUUGUCAACCAGGACCACCACCUCCACCACCAGGACCACCAGGUCCUCCCGGAGCCUAUGGACCACCUGGACCACAAGGACCAAAUGGACCACCAGGACCAGCAGGUCCUCCUGGACCACCUGGUUAUCCUGGACCCCCUGGACCACCAGGAUUGCCUCAGCCACCAGCAGUUCCAUGUCCAAGACAAUGUUAUACUAUUUGUCUUCCAACAUGCCCUUCAUAUUGUUGUCCAGUAGCACCACCUCCACCUCCCCCACCACCAUGCCCACCAGUGUGCCAGUUUGCUUGUGUUCCGGCAUGCCCACAAUUUUGCUGUCCACCUCCCCCACCACCCCCACCAUCAGCUUGCCCAUCUAUUUGUGCAAUUCAAUGCAUCUCAACAUGCCCAGCUCCAUGCUGUCUUCGUAAGAGAAGUGAAAUAUCUAAUUUAGAAAAUGAAGAUGACAAGCCAAUAGUCAUUAUUGAGCGUAAGCAAUUAUAAAAUCUUUAAAACACAAAACAUAACUUAUAGAUUGUAUAAAGAACAAUGGACUUACUCACUUAGAGAAAACUAUAAAUAUUUGAUCAAGGUCCGCUAACGAGAUACAUACAAAAGGUAACAUAAUUAGCAAAGAGUGUCCCGAUACGUUUAGCUUAUAUUCAUUCGUAUGUGUUUGUACGUUUUAUGUGGUAUUAAAUUAUAGUAGGAUUUUAUUCAAUUGUACGUUUUAUUUCUUGAGAUUUUUUUAAAAUAAACUGUCACAUUCAAA